CUGUGAUUGCUAAUGGGUAUGUGACUCUCUAGAGUUAGCAGCUAACAGUAUUCAACUCCUAAAAGCUUUUUAACGUGCCUUAACCUGCAUUAAAAAUCCAUCUGCUACCAGUUACAGAAAGUUUGACGCUAUUGCUUGUGUUUGUAAAUACUGUUUGACCUCUACUUCCCCUGACAGACUUUGUAGCUAUCAUGGUCAAUUCCCAAAGUUGUUUCUUGUCAAUUCCCAAACAUCCCAUUUGCUGCAGUGUCCUGUUUAGUUCAGCUGCUCUGUGAAAUAGGUAAAUAAAGCAACUGUCACAUAAUGUGUUUGACCUGAUUUCCUUAAGUAAAGCGAGCAAAAGAAAUGAUUUGAAGUGAUGCAACAACAGUUUUUUGUAUAUUUCAGUAAUGGGUUUGCAUGCUUCUCACACAGGGUUUUAUGCUGAAGUAGACGGGUAUCUCUGUUCUGCACAUGAGAAAGCGAAGACAUAGAUUUUCCUGAAGAUGUCAGGGUGCUGAGGCACUUAACCAUUAUUUCAUAAUUAAAUGUAACCUCACCUCAUCUUAUUUUACCCCACUUCACUUAAGCAGUGACUGACACAUGCUGGCAGAGCUGUUAAUUAUUUGCUGAGAGUUCUAAUUGUGGACCAUAACAAUAGAUGUUAUUUCCCAAUAAUCUUCACAAGAUUUUUGUCAAUAAUGAUCUCUUUUGUUCAGAGUCAGUUCACACAAGUUGUCUAUUCACUUCUGACUGCAGAAUUUUAUUUAGUUUUAAAUUUACUCAAAUUUGUAAGCAAUAAUAUAAAGAGCAACUGUUUGAAGGGGAAAUGUCAUUCUUUGUUUUUUUUAUGAGCCUUCAUGCUGUGAAGAAGAAAUAUGGCUUUUCAUAAAAUAACACAGGGUGGAACUCUUUACUGCAAUGCUGUAAACAGUGUUAUAACAUGUUGUAACCUUUUUCUUCUAGUACAAAAUGGUUCGUUACAUCAGAAGGAUACAGUUCAUGACAACGAUUUUGAACCUUACCUUUCUGGGCAGUCAAAUCAGAACAGUAGCUAUCCAUCAAUGACUGAUCCUUAUCUGUCCAGUUAUUAUCCACCAUCUAUUGGGUUCCCCUAUUCUCUCAGUGAAGCACCAUGGUCUACAGGAGGAGAUCCUCCUAUCCCAUAUCUCACCACCUAUGGACAGCUCAGUAAUGGAGAUCAUCAUUUUAUGCAUGAUGCUGUUUUUGGACAGCCUGGGGGUCUGGGAAACAAUAUCUAUCAACACCGGUUUAACUUUUUCCCUGAAAAUCCUGCCUUCUCAGCAUGGGGAACAAGUGGAUCCCAAGGACAGCAGACUCAAAGCUCAGCCUAUGGGAGCAGUUACAGCUACCCACCUAGUUCACUGGGUGGUACCAUUGUGGAUGGACAAACAGGAUUUCAUAAUGACACGUUAAAUAAAGCUCCUGGAAUGAACAGUAUCGAACAGGGAAUGGUUGGACUUAAGAUUGGUGGUGAUGUUACAACUUCAGCAGUGAAAACAGUAGGUUCUGUUGUUAACAGUGCCGGGAUGACUGGUGCCCUCUCUGGUAACGGUGGAUCUAAUGUAAACUUGCCAGUAUCUAAACCAACCUCUUGGGCUGCUAUUGCCAGCAAGCCUGCAAAACCACAGCCUAAAAUGAAAACAAAAACUGGACCUGUAAUCGGAGGAGCGUUGCCUCCUCCACCUAUAAAGCAUAAUAUGGACAUAGGUACUUGGGAUAAUAAGGGUCCUGUGGCAAAAGUUCCUGCCCCCCAACAGAUACCUUCUCCUCAGUCUGUUCCACAGCCACAGCAACCGAUUGUUCAGCCUGUUCCAACUCAGCCUCCUCCAUUGACUCAGCCACAGUAUCAGACCCCUCAGCAGCCACCCCAGAAUCGCUGGGUAGCUCCUCGCAACAGGAAUGCAGCUUUUGGCCAAAGUGGAGGAACUGGUAACGACAGCAGCUCAGCUGGGAGCACCCAGCCUAACCCUGUACCAAGUGGUGAGUCCCAUCCUGUGCUUGAAAAACUGAAAGCUGCUCACAGCUAUAACCCUAAAGAUUUUGAAUGGAACCUUAAAAAUGGACGUGUGUUCAUAAUAAAGAGCUAUUCAGAGGAUGAUAUUCAUCGUUCCAUUAAGUAUUCUAUUUGGUGUAGUACGGAACAUGGCAACAAACGCUUGGACAGUGCUUUUCGGUCCAUGAAUAGCAAGGGUCCGGUCUACUUGCUGUUCAGUGUCAAUGGCAGUGGACACUUCUGUGGAGUAGCAGAGAUGAAAUCACCUGUGGACUAUGGCACCAGUGCAGGUGUCUGGUCUCAGGACAAGUGGAAGGGGAAAUUUGAUGUCAAGUGGAUCUUUGUGAAGGAUGUGCCCAACAACCAGCUCCGACACAUCAGGCUGGAGAACAAUGACAACAAACCCGUUACAAACUCCCGUGAUACACAGGAGGUGCCCUUAGAAAAAGCAAAACAAGUGCUUAAAAUUAUUGCUACUUACAAGCACACGACCUCCAUCUUUGAUGACUUUUCUCAUUAUGAGAAGCGCCAGGAAGAGGAGGAGGUGGUGCGGAAGGUAAACUUCUUAAAAAGUUUCUUUUAUACACAGAUAUGGGGCAAAUGAAAUGUGAAGGCUGUUAUGGUGGAAAAAAUGUAAGUAGGAAUUCAGACUGCUUUUAAUACAUCUCAGCUCAAUGGCUUUAUGUGUGUUUAACACCACAAGAAACAAACUGAUGCUUAUUUUUCUGUAACAGUUUCAUAGUGAAGGAGUUUCAGAGCAGUAAUGCAGUUAGGGGCUGUUGCAUCCAGGUUUUUGGGGUUGGAUUUAUUUUUUUAUCUUGAAAUGGUUAAUAAAACUGGGAAAUAGUUUCUGUUUCACAACUGGAUUCUGCCAGAUUGUCAUUUAGUUUUUUUUGUCUCAAAUAUGUUUUCACACUGUUUUGACUGGAACUAGGCUGUCAGAAUUGAUACCUGUAUUGGUAUUUGCAAUUUGCUUCAGUGAUUUGAUGAUUUACGUUACCUUUAAGAGCAAGAAACCUGAUCUGUUCAGUUGAUCUCUCUGAAAGAGUUCCAUAAAACUGCAGUAGUGCUAGACAGAUUGUGUUUCUCCUUCUGAAGUAAUGUAUGUUAUUAUUUGGGUAAAUAAAGGUUUUCAUUUCCCAGGUCCAGUCUGUCUGAUGAUUCUUGAAGUUUAGACUGAAGACACAGUAAGAGAAAUUUGGCAGUAACUAGAAACUGUAGUAAAAACUUUAUAUAUACUUUCAUGGCUCUUAAGUCUGCCAUCUGUCCCUAUCCAUCCCAUGACCUCAGUUUCAAGAAUGCCUUUCUCUAAUUAGGCAGUCUAGAAGUAAUGGAGUGACAAAAUAAUAGGUGUUGGGAUGUGUAGCUACUAGCUAAGUAACACUCUGAGUUGCUUUAUUUGACAGGCUAAUUUAGUGCAGUUCACACUGCUUAAGCAAAGACUUAAUGCAUGUUGCUGGAGCUGAAAUUGAAGUUGCCAUUUGGAAGGUUUUAUUGCCAUUUAGAAGUGCAGAUAAAUUGCUUUAAAGUGUCUAUGUAGAACAUACCCUUAAAUUACGAGAGACGAGGAGAUCAGCGUCUUAGGUACUUUUUAGCUCAGCUUCUCCCAGCUCUAAGAUUUGCUGCACAUAGAGUACCUCAUCAGGGCAGGAGAGCUUCAGAUUUGUAGCUUUUCUUGAGUACUCCCUGUGGGCUUCCACUAGCUAAAACCUAAAAGCCUUUGCUUCAAUACUUAAUUCCUUCAGUAGAAAAUGUGCGAUGCAACCUAUAUGAGAGAGGUGUUCCCUUCUGUAGGUGAGGAUCUCAAGCCAAGGCCUGGGUUCCUUUGUCUAGUGGUUACAGUGUGUGUGGUGUGGUUGUUUUGGGGUUUUUAAUGAUGAGUCUCCCUGUGAUUUGCUGCCAAGUCUGGAGGAGAGAGUAAUGUGCAUGUUUAAGGAGUGAGAGUACUGAGAAUGUGACAGCAGAUCUGGUCUUGAACAGUUAACCCCGAAUUGCCUUUGUAGUAGCUCUGAGCUGAUGUUCAGCUAUUGGGCUGGUCCUGUUUUGAGUUGUUCCAACAUACACAACAAUUUCCCACUUUCAGUUCAAGUGCUGACACAAUGCUCUUACCCAGCUCACUCCUUUAUCACAGGAGCAGCUUUUCAAAAUGUGUUUUUUCUGCCUUGUUUAAAACUGAGGCUCUACCAUGUGUGACUCGUUCAGAAAAUCAACUGUGAAUAAUGUAACAUUUCUUAGAUCCCUCCCAACAGUUUAGGAAAUAGGUCAAUAUGCAGGUGAUUGAGGUACACUGAGGAGGGCCAUAGUGCCAGAGAGGUGAAGCAAUUCAUCACUGAGGGAAUGUAAAAUAAGAUGCUGCUUGUCAGGGUGCAGUCUAUAAAACUAUUGUCUGCAGAAAUAUUUUCUGCUUCAUCAAGUAAAUGAAUUUUAGAGUCUAGCUGUUGACUAAAAGAGGUUUUCUACAGGAUAUUCGCAUGCUUCAAUUCCUUCUUGGUGAGAAGUUCGUGCUGUGAAGUUGAAACCUUCCUCUUAUGCAAAGUGCACCUUGCUAUGGCAAUAACUUUAAGGUAUUUUAUGACCUAAGUGACAUUUUCAGAUGGUUAACUCUAGAGGUGCCAUCUGAACUGGGCUUUAAGUUGCUGUGGUCUUUUGUUCAUUAUGCUCUGGUUAGCUGUAAAGUUACUUGUUGAAAUUUUGUUCUUCCAUUUCACCACUUGUGAUUACAAAGGGCCAGAAUUCUUCAAAACCUGCCCAUGGAGAGCUUGAAUGCUUUGAUUUUAUUUAUACACACUUAGUAGGAAUAAUAACUUCAUAUAAUCUGUAUAGUGUGAGACACCAACUUUUGAGUUUUCCUCUUAAAAUGGUUAUUUGUUACUGACCAGUGUUUCCUUAACUAAUGUGAGCAGAGUGAACUCUAGUGUGUGCUCUCCGAGUUUACUGAUCUGGGAACCUCUGUUAACACCAGGUCGUCAAAUGAGGAUUUGGCAGGAGUAAUGCUGGAGGAAAUUCAUUCAAGUGCCAAAGAUUCAUCAGUGUUAAGAGCAUUGCUUAAGGGCUGUGUCAUCAUCUUGAAUUGUGGGAAGAUUUGGUUGUAUUGUGACGUUAAAUCCAGCUUUUGAUUUGCCAUCUUAAUAAACUAUUUGAGCCCACUCUGGUGACCCAGAACCUGGGAAGGGAGUGAUAGAAGGAUAUUGUGUCUGGAAUGAAAUACCAAAUAAUGGCAUGAAAUCUCUGCUGACCCUUCUCAGGCAGUUUCCAGGGCCACUGCAGUGUCCACAAAGUGAGCAACCUCUGUGAUAAAAGCUUGUGCUCUUCAAACAUAA